AUGGCCAUCAAAAAUCGCUAUUUAUCCCAGUGUCUGAGUUACUCCAAUCCGAUUAGCAUGGGGAGCGAUUUCGUCAUAGUGCUACGGGAAGACCAGAAACCGGAAAUUUGGGCGUGUUCUGACAUCCUUACAUCUACAAAUUUGCCACAUCUUCCAAAACGUCCCAAGGUUCUCACUAUCACCAGUUCUUAUCACCUCUUCUUGCUGUUACAGAGUCUUUUGCGGCAACGUGAAGGCGAGGUUGGUCAGUUGCGACGUGAAGUUGCACGUCUUAAUGAAACGCACGAGCGUCUCCUUGCAGCACUCUCUGAGCAGACAGCAAAAACAAAUCAACGCGUACCCCUAAACGACUCUUUGCCGGCCGACGAAGGCGACGAGGGCAGUCUCUCGCAGCGUUACGAGGUCCUUCUCCAACUCUAUGGCCGGAAGUUGGAGGAGAACGAAGAGCUCCGUAUGGACCUUCGUGAAGCUAAGGAAGCUUAUCAGGCUCAAUUGAAUGAUCUCUUGAACAAACUAAACGACGGUCGAUGA